UGAUAUGGAUUUGUGUAAUCAAAAUCAAUGCAUGUGAAAAAUUAGAAUAAAAACGAAAAAGGGAAACCAUUUUGCUAAACAAUGCAUUAUCUCCAUCGAAGGUGUACAAUCUAAUAGACGGGAAGCUGUAAAUGCUGUCAACCACACUGUUAGUGUGCAAGCGGAAGAAGAUCACCCUUUUUUCACCCAUCAACCAAUUCGUGCCACCGGUAUGGAAAAGAAUCACAAAAUGGGAACCGGCGUUUGUGUACAUAAACGUAACCCAUUUUCUACCGACCGACCAGUUAGUGCGCUUAGCGAAGGUGCAAAAACUGCAUCGCAUUUGCGUUUUUUUUCCCAUUUUUGUGCCGCGUUAAAAAAACAGCAAAAAAGGUAACACUCAUUCAUUGAACAAUAACACCGUUUAACGGACCAUUAAGAGCUGUCGCAAUGGCUAGCCAGCGGUGCGUAGGUGCGGGCUACUACUAUGGGCUAGUUUUUACUGCCGCCUGUAUACUCGUCGGCGUACACGGCGAUUUCUCCUACGAUGAUCCGGACAGUUGGGCCGAAACCGAUCCCGACUGUGGUGGAAUGCGUCAGAGCCCAAUCGACAUCGUGCGCUCGUCGGCGGUGUUACCAUCGCUCGACCAUGUUGCACCGCUGUUGCUCGAGGGCGGUAGUCGCAAGCCGGUCUCGAUCAGUGUGAUCAACAAUGGUCAUACGGCACAGUACACGUUCAGCUGGAGCACGGAAAGCGAACGGCCAACACUGCUCGGUGGUCCGCUACCGUUGGGUGCACCGUACGUGUUCGAGCAGCUACACUUCCACUGGGGUGCCGAUAACGGGCGCGGUUCCGAGCACACGUUCGACGGGAUAGCGUACCCGGCCGAGGUACACUUCGUGUUCUUCAAGCAGGAGUACGGUACGUUCGAGCAGGCUAUCGUACACCCGGACGGGUUGGCUGUGGUCGGCGUACUGUACGAGAUCGGCGAUGACAAGGUCAAGGCGGGUGCGAAAUGGGCUCGGCCAUUGCCGAAAAUUCGGCCAGCCGGUAGCACGAUCACGCUCGAGAAUCGGGAAGUGUUUAGUCUCGGUUCGGUUGCGGGUGGCGAUUGGCUGCGGUACUACUCGUACCCGGGCAGUCUGACAACACCGCCCUGCUCGGAAAGUGUCACGUGGAUCGUGCGCGAUGGACCGUCCCCGAUCGCGCAGAAGGAUCUGGACGAGUUGCGAAAUUUGCGCGACACGAACGAUCAACCGCUGGUCGAUAACUUCCGUCCGGUGCAGCCACUGAACGGGCGUACGGUGGUACGUUACGGGUUCUAGGAUGUGGACAUUUGGCUCAGAAUUAACCAAACUUUGCACCGAUUCCAUCCCCUUUGUUUUUUUCGGUUCUGCAACCUCGCUCCCCCCCAUUACUAGAACUGG